AUGUUAAGCUUAAAUGAAAUAUUUCCUGUUAUUGUUGAAAAGCAAUUACGAAUUUCUGCGCAGCAUAUGAAUUUAUGUUCGAUAAAUACUACUUCAAAGCACAUCGUUACCAAUAUUGGAGAUGUCAAAAAAGAAAUGUUCGACUUUGUGGAGGCGAGUUGUCAUGAAGUUCGCAUGAAAUAA